AUGGAUCUCCUGAUACCGGCCAUCUCUCGCAUAGCAAAUGCGCUUCUUGUGCAGUUGUCUCAGCUCGAUCUCUCACUCAUUGCCGCACUGCUACUUUUGGCACUUGUGGGUGCCGACUAUAUGUAUAUUCGCCCGCAUAGAAUCAAAAAUCUCCCAUCCGUCCCCUCGUGGAUCCCCAUUUGGGGCAAUCUCUCCAUUCUCUUUCCCCAGGCCCACAAUUAUAAGCAGUCUCCUUGCUCCAGGUUUGCAGAAUUAGCCCAAAAGCACGGAGAUGUGUUUCAAGUCCGACUAGGGGUCAGAACCGUUGUGGUAGCCAACUCCUACGAUUCAAUUCUUCAGCUUUGGUGCUACCACAACAUUCGAAAUAACAACUCGCGGCCAAUCCUGCACACAUUUCACGGAGUUUUAUCCCAGUCGAAGGUUUUCACCGUGGGGACCACUCCUUUUGGGGAGUCUUACCUGAAAAGCCGGAAGUAUAUGUCCAGUAGGCUACUCAACGAGUCGAGCAAUCGAAAAUACAAUUCAAGCAUCAUAGAUAAGGAAGCCACCAAACUCGUGCGGUACCUACUGUCUAGGACAACAAACGAUGUUGUGGAGAUGGAUAUCACCAGAGACUGUCAAUACUUUCAUUUGGGUGUGGCAUUGAUUCUAACCUAUGGCUACGAGAUUAACGCUCGCUCAAACGAGAACGAACGACUGCUGGCAGACGAAAUGGUCUAUGUUGAGAAUUACAUCACUAAGAUCCGCUCUCACAUCCAGAACGUUCAGGACUACCUGCCCUGGUAUCUGCGUUUGGUGGUUGAUAUUUUUAACGGCAAGUCCAAGAUCGCAAAAGAGCUUUACCAUCGUAGAAACAAUUAUCUGUACAAGUUCAACCAGUUCACCACCUCGCGUCUAGACGUGCCAGAUGAGUACGUGCGCCGAAGUUUGAUUUUCAACUAUGUCAAGAACAACGACCAGGAACUGUUGAAUGGGAGCGAGCUUGGUAGCAUUUGUCUGACAAUGGUCAGUGCUGGCCUGGACAACACUCCGCUCAACUUCCAGUAUGCGAUGAUGCAGCUUAGCGAGUCGCCGCACAUACGGGCCAACGCACGGGCGAAGCUUCUCAAAUGCUACAACGACGAUUCCAUAGAGGCAUGGAAUAAUUGCCAUGCCGAGGUUUUGUGUCCGUAUGUGGUGGCCAUCGUCAAGGAGACAUUGCGGCUUUUUACGGUUUUGCCUAUGUCCCUGCCCCGAGAAACAACCAGAGACAUUGUGAUAGGGAACGCAGUGAUUCCACGAGGUACCACAUUAUUUAUGAACGCCUGGGCUGGCAACCACGACAAAAUGCAGUUCUUCAAGCCCAUGGAAUUCAUUCCCGAGAGAUGGCUGGACCCAGAAACGGGAAACGUGGACACGAACUUAAGACACUUAUCCUUUGGUGUGGGCUCGCGUAUGUGUCUUGGCAACAACUUGGCUUUCAAAGAGCUGUAUGUGCUGAUUUGCAAGUUUGUGCUCAUGUUCGAGAUAGAAGUUGCCAGCGACGAAUCGCCAAGCCUACACCCUCUGGAACUGAACCAGUUCCCAGAGUCCAUUGCCAUUGAGCCAAUAGAAACAAAUGUGCGCUACACGGUGAAAGAUAAAGCACUGCAGGAUUACGUGGAGGGUGUAUAA